CGAGCGAUAUAGUUGACUUUGUUUCUCUGCUUAAUUAUAUAGCAACUCUCCAUGCGGAGUUCCGCGGUGUCGGCAGCGUCGGUGUAGGCUGCGAGCUAGCGGAGCGAGAGCUUCAAUCCUGUGAAGAGACGGACGCCAUGAAGCCGGGAAACAGGACCGUUCUCCUCUUGACCACCGUUUUCCUCUCCCUCACUCUCAUUCCGCUCUACCUCUUCCCCUCGCUCCCAUGGCGGCUGUCGACGGGCUUAGCGCCGCCAUUACCUUCUCCUCCAAGUUCGAGAGCAGUGGCGGGGGGAGGGAAGGAUUCGGAGCGCUGCGAUCUAUCGAAGGGCGAGUGGGUGCCCGAUCCCAAGGCCCCUUACUACACCAACGAGAGCUGCUGGGCGAUCCACGAGAACCAGAACUGCAUGAAGUACGGCCGGCCGGACGCGGGGUUCUUGCGGUGGCGGUGGCGGCCGGACGGAUGCGAGCUGCCGAAGUUUAACCCGGCGCAGUUCCUGGAGCUGGUCCGGGGCAAGUCGCUGGCCUUCGUCGGAGACUCCGUCGGCAGGAACCAGAUGCAGUCAUUGAUCUGCCUUCUUCUCAGAGUCACACAUGCAGUUGAUGCGUCGCUAACUCAAGAUAAAAUGUUCCAACGCUAUCAUUUCCCAGCCCACAACUUCACCGUGGCGAGCCUCUGGUCGCCUUUUCUGGUGAGAGCCCAGCCAACCGAACCCAAUGGCUCCAUAUUAACCGGUUUGCUCGACUUGUAUUUGGACGAGCCCGACGCCAAUUGGACUGCCAAAGUGGAGGAAUUUGAUAUCGUCAUCGUCUCCGUCGGCCAGUGGUUCUUCCGGCCGAACAUGUACUACGAGAAUGGUCAGCUUGUCGGGUGCUACUAUUGCCAAAGUAGCAAUGUAACCGACCUGACCAGAUACUACGGUUAUCGAAUGGCUUUCCGGACUGCAUUCCGCGCGUUCAACAACCUCACACGCUUCAAGGGCACUGUGUUCCUCCGAACAUUCUCGCCGGCACAUUUCGAGGGCGGUGAGUGGAACCGAGGGGGAAAUUGCUUGAGGCAGCGGCCGUUCCACCGAACCGAAACGAGGUUGGAAGGGUUCAACUUGGAGAUGUACAUGACGCAAAUUGAAGAGUUCAAUGCAGCUGAGACAGAGGGGAGGAAGGGGGGGAUCAAGUUUAGGUUGCUGGACACGACAGAAGCUAUGCUGUUGAGACCGGAUGGGCACCCUAGUCGAUAUGGCCAUCUUCCAAAUGCGAAUGUGAUAUUGUACAAUGACUGUGUGCAUUGGUGCCUACCCGGACCGAUAGAUACAUGGAAUGACUUUUUACUCUUCAUGAUGAAGACCGAGGGAGGGAGAUCUACCACCAAAGGGCAAUCAUUGUACAAUAGCACAUCAACAAUUAGAUAGAUCAGUAAAUAAAGUAUUUAUAUUUGUUGUAAAAAAACUAGAACAAGUAUUACUACUUUUUCAAGAUGGAAACUAAAAAUUCUCAACAGAGAAGUGAUCGAUUGGUAGCCCAGGGCUAUCGCACCAAACUAGUGCCCAUUUAGCAGCACUUUCUAGCGAAGUUGCUGUGAUUCAGCCAAGAAAGAUGAAAGUCGAUGCAAUUGCUGUAAAAGAAGCUGCAAUCAUUCUCGUGCCAUGACUUUCACUGUCAACAAAUUGUUUGCAGCAGAAUGCAACAUCCAAUCCAACAGAGCUGAUGAACAUGGCAGGCGUCUGACAGAGAAAAGCAGAUAGAUGCCUAUGGUCUAGUUACAUUAAAGACGCACAAUCGAGGACCAGAUUCCAUGAACCGAUCAUGACAAAACUCUUUCAUAUUGUCUUAUGCCACUGACAGCACCUAAACUUCAGCACCAAUUUAUACAUUAUGAUACUUUCGAUACAUGGGCAAUAGAAUUCUAGCAACGAGGCAAACAUCUUUGCUGUAAAAGAGUUUGCUUUCACAGAUAAUAUUGCUUAUUGUGCAACUCAAGUACAAAACAGAAAGACAAGAAUGCCUUGGGAAAUGCUCCCAAUAAAAAUGCUAAAUUGUGCAUAGGAGAGGUACGCAUAGUAAUAUCAAAGAAGUAGAUAGGAUUUGAACAAAAAAGAAAAUAUAGGAUCGUAAAAUGAAGGGAACAGAAGAGUGAAGAAAAGAGAAUAUCUAAAUCUAAAGAUCAAAUUAUUGCAUUUUUCACAAUACAAAAAAAAAAAAAACAUGUGUUCACUACAGCUUUUAAUAUUCAUUGGCAACAUAAAGAUCAACUGUGGCAAAUAAUUGAAUCUGCAAUACGAAUAACAGAUUAAGCAUCCAUGUAGGUUGAUUCUUUUAACCCAAAUCUUAGGGUUCUCACAUCUUAUUUUUGUCAUGUCAAUUGAAUUUCACAAAUCCUAUGGAUUUUUUCCCUGUGAUCAUACUAUAAGCUCUUUAUUCAAAAGAAAACUAGCUUACAACUUAGCAACCAUCUUCAUCAUGGACCAUGCUGUGUUUCUCAUUAACUCGACAAAGCUUUACUUUAUCUUCCCUAUUUAUGGCUCAUAAGGUCAAAUUAAAGCAUCUCCGAAUAUAUUCCAAUCGAUUGUUUCUAACAGAAGAACCAAUGGAGCCAGUUUGCUUUCGUUCUAGAAAAAGGUUUCUACUUUCUAGUAGCGCUUGCAGUCCUACGCCCAACUAUAUUUAUCAAACGCAGAAAUAACGACAUUUUAUUCAAGAAUAGCAAAAGAUGGAUAAAAUAAUCUAACAAAAGAAAAAAAAAAAUAAGAAAAAUUCAA